AUGGAUGGACAUUUGUAUAAAGUUUUGACGCAUUAUGAAGAGGAAUACCGCAAAAUGAAAGAAAAGCUGAAAGAGCAGUUAGAGAAAAAAGAGCGGUAUUUGCGAGAAAAACAAGCAUUCAGCAGCGACUAUAAGAGUUCAAGCUACGGGGAUGUACACUGUGAUCACGUAGUGGAAUUGGCAGAUAGUAAAUGUGGCAGAAAAAAAGCUCAAGAGAAGUUAGAAAUUGGCAUGGGUUUUACCAGCGUGUGGUUGCAUCUCAGUAAUAUUGCGGCCAACAACACCGAAUAUUAA